UGGAGAGGCGCAGGGUGAUGAGGCGGUUCCGCUGCCCGCCGGGCUCGCCUGCCCGGGCGCUGCUCCUGCCGCAGGGAGGGUCGGUGUGGGGCUGCCUGCGGGCCGCGGCGGCUGGGAUUAGAUUCCUACCUUUCACAGUGUGUACCUAUGAAAUUUCCAAAAGAAAGCAGGCUUUCUCAAGUAACGAUUUCAAGAUGCCAGGAGGUGCGAGAAUCUCAUUCAACAAUGUGGAUUCCUCUCUUUCAUCUUUGAAAAACUGCCAGUCUUACAUAAAUACUGGAAUGGACAUUGCUACUCACGUUGCCCUUGAUCUUGUGGAAAGUUUCAAUGAUGUAGAGGAUGUUAACAGCAUGGAGAAAGUCAUGAUAGAAUAUGCUGCAAUGGACAGAGAACUUAAUCAUUAUAUGAGGGCAAUUGAAGAAACGGUGAAUCAGAUCAAAAGAGAAAAACCAGAAAAUAUACCAGAUUUAAAAUCUUUAGUACACGAAAAAUUUACUGCGAUGGAGAGCGAGAACAGUGACUCAGAUUUGCAAAACAAUGAAAAAUACGUUUAUUUUAAGGAUCAGCUUAAACAGAUGAGAAAACAAUUUUGCCAUAAAUCAGGUAAUGGUGAAGAGGCCAUUGAACAAAUCGAUGAAGAUAUAGCUGUGACUCAGAGUCAGAUGAACUUCAUUUGUCCCAUUACACAGAUGGAAAUGAAGAGGCCAGUCCGAAACAAGAUCUGUGGACACACUUAUGAAGAAGACGCCAUUCUAAAGUUUAUCCAGAAUCGAAAGCAGCAAAAGAAGAAAGUCCGAUGCCCUAAAAUUGGCUGCAGCCAUUCUGAUGUAAAAGGAUCAGAUCUUAUGCCAGAUGAAGCGCUUAAAAGAGCGAUUGACAGUCAGAAUAAACAAAGCUGGUCAACGCUGGAUGAGACACUUUGACAUGUUGCUGCCACAAAGAAAAUUUCUUAUUAGAGGUCUUGUGAGAUAAGCUGCUGAUUGUAAGUAGGUUGUGUAACUGCCUGUUGUUGAAAGUGUUUCAUUUAUAGGCAAAGUUGAAGGUCUCAGCUGUAACUGAAAGCAUUUUUUAAACUGCUGAAUGUGAGAAGUUCCAGUUCAACUUGUUUGGUGUAUUUUUAACCUUCCUGCAAUUCUGAAAGCUUGCAUUCAAUAAAUAAAUCGUGUUUUGCAGCAUGUAA